CUUCUUUCCUUUCUAUUUUUUUUUUUUUGUUGGCAGCACUGUCUUACAACAUGUCAUCACCUACCAAUUCAAGAGGGCAUUCAUUUGCAUGGCCGCCCUCCAACCAGCAUGCUCCGUCCACUUCAAUACCGCCUUCCUCCGCUCAUGCCAAUUAUGCAGACAUCUCCAUCAAGGAAAUCUUGGACAAGUAUCGCGAUGAUAAAGAACUUAUGAAGCACGUCUUGGCAGCCAAAGCUGAGGAAGAUAAGAAACGAGCUGCAGAAGAAACUUUAAGAGUGGAGCAAGCCAGGAUACAGCUAAAGUACUUGGACUUAGAACUUGCUAGAGAGCAAAGUCGACAACAUCGGACAGAGCCGACCUUAGUGCCAUUACAGCAACAAUUGCUUGCUCGUAUUACUGGCAAAGAAUCAGAGACUUACGCAACACCUUCAUCCAUGCACUCUUCACCUACUAUUUUACCACCCAUCCAACAGCAUUUAUCUCCUCAUAGCAUUCCCACCGCUACACAUCAACAACAACUAUCGCCCAUCUCCCCUGAAACCUCUAGUCCUCGUAAACGCUCGCGUGCUAAUCACUUUGAUACCCAUGGAGUUAAUCGUCCAACUCCUUCUCAUGAUCAAGUCAUGGAAGCCUUGAAAGCUAAAAUCCAAAAAGGCCGACAGCUGAACCGCGCCAAUUCCCUGCAUGAUUCCAGAUCGAACAAACCGUUUUUACCGCCCAUUAAUACAACCUUUGCUAAACACAUCCCUCCACAACAAAACUCUGCUCCUGUAUUAUCUCGACCAAACCCAGCCUUUUCACCGUCUUUAUCAUCUUCCGAUUCUUCGUCCUCUGGAUCAGAUAUUAAGCAUGAGCCUACGGAUUAGUUUUGCUUUGGUGGUUUUUUUUUUUUUUUUUCCUUUCACCAUCUGCUGUUUAAUGAUGUUGACUA